AUGACGGUGUGGGCCACUCCAUUCGAAAGGAAUCCUGAUAUGUGGAGAGAACUCUGGAGAGUUGUGGAGCGUAGUGAUAUUGUUGUACAGAUCGUUGAUCCAAACCCUACGCCUGUUAUGGAGGUGAAGAUCAUAAUGGUGUAUGCGAAAGUACUUUGCGGACAACAAUAUAAACGCUGCAUUUUGAACCUGAGGAGUCCGAGGAGGAAUGUUGCUCUGCGCCAUCCCGUCUUCAUCCUCCAUAACGGAUUUCUGUCUCUUGCGCCAGUCGUGAUCUGCUCAUACAACAUUUGA